GCGGGCACGGGGGCGGUGCAAGGCGUUCCGCCCCCCUCCGCCGCCCCCCCCCCCCCCUCCCGGUCCCGGUCCCGGUCCCCUCCGCUUCCUCCGGGAGCGCGGCCUCGGCCUCGGCGGCGGCAGCGGCCCCGGGUGCGGCAUGGAGCCGCUCGCAGAUUGAGGCCGAGGUGCUGAUCCGGGCGCCGUCGACCCCAGCUGCCGGGAGGAAUCCAUGAGCACACGGCCUUGGCUAUGGACAUCGUCCUGUCGGAUUUUGUUCGCUCAACGGGGGCAGAGCCGGGACUGGCCAGAGACCUGCUGGAAGGUAAAAACUGGGACCUGAGCGCAGCCCUGAGCGACUUCGAACAGCUACGGCAGGUGCACGCGGGGAACCUACCGCCCUCCUUCAACGAAGGACGCAGCUACAAACCCCCCGAGAAGGAGGCAGCCCGCGCGGGGCGACCGCCGCUGCAGCGGCAGGAUGACAUCGUGCAAGAAAAACGUCUGUCUCGAGGCAUUUCCCACGCCAGCUCUACCAUCGUCUCUCUGGCCCGUUCCCACGUCUCCAGCAACGGCAGCAGCGAGCACCUGCUGGAGAUGCCCAUUUCCACCUUCCAGUUGCCUGACCUCACGGUGUACACCGAGGAGUUCCGCAGCUUCAUCGAGCGAGACCUCAUCGAGCAGUCGAUGCUGGUGGCGCUGGAGCAGGCUGGUCGCCUGAACUGGUGGGCGAACGUGGACCCCAGCUGCCAGCGGCUGCUCCCCCUGGCCACCACGGGCGACGGGAACUGCCUGCUGCACGCCGCCUCCCUGGGUAUGUGGGGUUUCCACGAUAGAGAUCUCAUGCUUCGCAAAUCCCUUUAUACCUUAAUGGAUAAAGGUGUGGAAAGGGAAGCCCUGAAGCGGAGGUGGCGCUGGCAGCAAACGCAGCAGAACAAGGAGUCUGGUCUGGUUUACACCGAAGAGGAGUGGCAGAAGGAGUGGAACGAGCUGAUCAAGCUGGCCUCCAGCGAGCCCCGCGUGCACUACGGCACCAACGGAGGCAACUGCGGGGGUGUUGAAAGCUCCGAGGAACCUGUGUACGAGAGCCUGGAGGAGUUUCACGUCUUUGUCCUGGCCCACGUGCUGAAGAGACCCAUAGUAGUGGUGGCAGACACGAUGCUGCGGGACUCGGGGGGAGAAGCCUUUGCCCCUAUUCCCUUUGGAGGCAUCUAUCUUCCCCUGGAAGUUCCAGCCAACAAAUGCCAUCGCUCCCCUCUGGUUCUGGCGUACGACCAAGCCCAUUUCUCUGCCCUGGUAUCCAUGGAGCAGAAGGAACCCACGAAAGAUCAAGCUGUGAUCCCCCUGACAGACUCCGAGCAUAAGCUGCUUCCCGUGCACUUCGCCGUGGAUCCCGGGAAGGAUUGGCAGUGGGGGAAAGACGACAGUGACAACGUCAAGCUGGCCAGUGUGACGCUAUCGUUGGAAGCCAAGCUGCACUUGCUGCACAGCUACAUGAAUGUUAAAUGGAUCACGCUGCCUUGUGACACGCAGGCGCCUCUGGCCCAGCCAGAAUCCCCCACAGCCUCUGCAGGAGAUGACGCUCGAUCAGCUGCGGAGUCAGGGGAGUCCGACAAGGAGUCGGUCUGCAGCAGUUCGGCAAGCAACGGUGGCAGCAGGGGUUGCAAGGACAAAGAGAAACCAAAGAAAGACCGAGAAAAGGACAAGGAAAAGGAUAAAAAACGAGCAGACUCGGUUGCUAACAAGCUGGGCAGCUUUGGCAAGACUUUGGGAAGUAAGCUAAAAAAGAACAUGGGAGGGUUGAUGCACAGCAAAAGUAUGAAGGGAGGCGUGAGCAACGGGCAGGGAGAUACCUUGGAGAAGAAAAAGAAGGGAUCCUUGAAGUCGAGGAAAGGAAGCAAAGAGGAAUCUUCCCAAGGAGACUUGUCGGCUCCCGUGGAGAAAACCUGCCCGGGGAAAGCAGCCCCCGAGAAGCCGUCGGACCCCUACAAGUACAGCAACGACGUGAGGCUGAGCCUCAGCAUCCUCCGGGCUGCCAUGCAGGGAGAGCGCAAGUUCAUCUUCGCCGGCCACCUCAAGACCAGCAACAGGCUCCAGUACCAGGAGGAGAUGAUCCAGCAGUACCUGCUGGACGCCGAGGAGCGCUUUUUGGCCGAGCAGAAGCAAAAGGAGGCAGAGAAGAAGGCGCUGGCGAGCGCUGCCCCCGCCAAGAGGCUGGAGCCGGAGCUGAACGCCCACAAGGGCGAGGAGGCGAUGCUCAGCCCCGCGUACCCCCAGCCUCCUCCUGCUUACGCCAUCCAGACCCCGGAUUUGGCCCUCGGCGCGAAGAUGGCAGCUUUUCCCUCCAGCUACUCGGGCGUCUUCACCUUCCCCCGGCCCUCGGUGGCCAGCAGCACCGAAGGAUCUCACCCCCCCGGCUUCCCCGACGGCCGGCGCCAGGUCGCGGGGGGGCCCUGCAGCAGCCUCCCCCCUUACGCCACCCUCCCCAGGCACUGCGGCCAGCCCCGGCCGAGCCCCCACUCCUCCAGCCCAUCCCACGCCGGGCGAUUUUCCCCCACGGACACGGAUUCUCAGCCCGGUUUCCCAGCGGCGGAGCGUGAGGGACCUGGCGGUUCGGCCCCGCACAGCAACGGCUGCCGGGAGCACGCGGAGCAGGACGGCUCGCAGAAAGGAGCGGACAAAAGCAGGGGCCGGGCUCUUUAUAACGUCCAGCAGACCAAAUGCAAGCAGCCCAACUGCAGCUUCUACGGGCACCCAGAAACCGGCAACUUCUGCUCCUGCUGCUACAGGGAGGAGCUGAAGCGCAAGGAGCGGGAGGCUCUGGUGCACAGGUUCUGAGCGCUCUGUGCCCGCGCUGCUCUUCGGACCCGUGGCACGUGGGGGGCUGCAAUAACGCCCGGAGUUCCCCCCCUCCCCUCCCCACGCUCCUCUCCCUGUCCGUGGAAGGAGGGAGGCGGCGGGCGCCUGGCCGGGCUGAGGAGCGCGAUGCCCUCCUCCCCGCGGCCUCGCCACGAGCACGGGCGCCUUGGACGGGCUCUGGUUAGCCAGGGGGGGCUCGGGUUAGCCAGGGGGGGCUCGGGUUAGCCAGGGGGGCUCAGGUUA